AUGGUGCUGUCAGAGACAGGGGGCUCCCGGAAUCCUGGGGACAGCAGCGCCAUCGGAGACGGGGGACGCCCGGGGUCCUGGGCGGAGUGGGGCCAGGGGAGACAGGGGGCCCCUGGGAUCCCCAGGGGAGCGGGGCCGCUGGAGACGCACUUGACUCUCACCUCACGGCGGCCCGUGGCCCCCAGCGGCGCGCAGGACGGCGGCGGCACCGGCGUCAAGAAGAAACGCAAGAAAAAGGAGGUGGCAGAGCACAGUGUGGGAGAGCAAGCCGCCGUGGAGAAGGAGGUGAAACCAAAGAGGAGGAGAGAGCCGAAAGAACCAAAAGAGCCUAAAAAGGCCAAGGAGCCCAAGAAGCCAAAGGAGCCCAAGCAGAAGGAGGUGGCCAAGAAGCCCAGGAAGCCGCGGGAACCCAAAACCCCCAAGGAACCUAAAGAGAAGAAGGGCAGCACUGAGCCUGCCCCGCGGGCAAGGCCCAGGAAGAACAGCAAGGAGCAGGGGCCCACACCCGUGGAGAAGAAGAAGAAAGGCAAGAGGAAAAAUGAGAUCCCCAUGGAGAGCUUGGAGCUGGACCAGGAUCACCUGAGCCUGUCGGCGCAGAGCCCGGAGGAGUCCGCCGAGUCAGCGGACAGCCAGAAACGCCGCUCGGGUCGCCAGGUGAAGAGGAGGAAGUACAACGAGGACCUGGAUUUCAAGGUGGUGGAUGAUGACGGUGAAACGAUAGCGGUGCUGGGAGCCGGGCGGACCUCGGCGCUCUCCGCCUCCACCCUGGCGUGGCAGGCAGAGGAGCCUCCCGAGGACGACGCCAACAUCAUUGAGAAGAUCCUGGCCUCCAGAAUGGUGCAGAAGGAGGCUCACCCCGGCGGACUGGCCUACGAGAUGGAGGAGUUCUACGUCAAGUACCGCAACUUCUCCUACCUUCACUGUAAGUGGGCAACGCUGGAGGAGCUGGAGAAGGACCCGCGGAUCUCUCAGAAAAUAAAGCGCUUCCGCAACAAGCAGGCGCAGAUGAAGCACAUUUUUACCGAGCCUGAUGAGGAUUUGUUCAACCCCGACUAUGUGGAGGUGGAUCGGAUUCUGGAGGUGGCCCACACGAAGGACCCCGACACCGGGGAGGAGGUGACCCACUACCUGGUGAAGUGGUGCUCGCUGCCCUACGAGGAGAGCACCUGGGAGCUGGAGGAGGAUGUCGACCCAGGCAAGAUCAAAGAGUUUGAAGCCCUCCAAAUCCCACCAGAAAUCAAGCACAUGGAGCGCCCAGCGUCUGAGUCCUGGCAGAAACUGGAGAAAUCCCGGGAAUAUAAGAACAGUAACCAGCUGCGGGAGUAUCAGCUGGAGGGGAUGAACUGGCUGCUCUUUAACUGGUACAACAGGAAGAACUGCAUCCUGGCCGACGAGAUGGGGCUGGGGAAGACCAUCCAGUCGAUCACCUUCCUCUCAGAAAUCUUCCUGAUGGGCAUCCACGGCCCCUUCCUCAUCAUCGCCCCUCUCUCCACCAUCACCAACUGGGAGCGGGAGUUCCGCACGUGGACGGAGAUGAACGCUAUCGUGUACCACGGCAGCCAGAUCAGCCGCCAGAUGAUCCAGCAGUACGAGAUGGUGUACAGGGACACGCAGGGUAACCCUCUCCCUGGGAUCUUCAAGUUCCAGGUGGUUAUCACCACCUUUGAGAUGAUCCUCGCUGACUGCCCGGAGCUGAAGAAGAUCCAGUGGCGCUGCGUGGUCAUAGACGAGGCGCACCGCCUGAAGAACAGGAACUGCAAGCUGCUUGAGGGGCUCAAGCUCAUGGCCCUGGAGCACAAGGUGCUGCUGACGGGGACGCCCCUGCAGAACUCAGUGGAGGAGCUCUUCAGCCUCCUGAAUUUCCUGGAGCCGCAGCAGUUCCCCUCGGAGACCGCCUUCCUGGAGGAGUUCGGGGACCUGAAGACAGAGGAGCAGGUGAAGAAGCUGCAGUCCAUUCUGAAGCCCAUGAUGCUGCGGCGUUUGAAGGAUGAUGUGGAGAAGAAUCUAGCACCCAAGCAGGAGACCAUCAUUGAGGUGGAGCUGACCAAUAUCCAGAAGAAGUACUACCGGGCCAUCCUGGAGAAGAACUUCUCCUUCCUCUCCAAGGGUGCCAACCAGCACAAUAUGCCCAACCUCAUCAACACCAUGAUGGAGCUGCGGAAGUGCUGCAACCACCCCUAUCUCAUCAACGGGGCAGAGGAGAAGAUCCUGGAAGACUUCCGUAAAACGCACAGCCCAGAGGCACCAGACUUCCAGCUUCAGGCAAUGAUCCAGGCGGCCGGGAAGCUGGUGCUCAUCGAUAAGCUGCUCCCCAAGCUGAUCGCCGGCGGGCACAAGGUGCUCAUCUUCUCACAGAUGGUGCGGUGCCUCGACAUCCUGGAGGACUAUCUCAUUCAGAGGAGGUACACAUACGAGCGGAUCGACGGGCGAGUGCGCGGCAACCUGCGCCAGGCCGCCAUCGACCGCUUCUGCAAGCCUGACUCGGACCGCUUUGUCUUUCUGCUCUGCACGCGGGCGGGCGGGCUGGGCAUCAACCUCACUGCUGCCGACACCUGCAUCAUCUUUGAAUCGGACUGGAACCCGCAGAAUGACCUGCAGGCUCAGGCCCGCUGCCACCGGAUCGGUCAGAGCAAGGCGGUGAAGGUGUAUCGCCUCAUCACCAGGAACUCCUAUGAGCGCGAGAUGUUCGACAAGGCCAGCCUGAAGCUGGGCCUGGAUAAGGCGGUGCUGCAGGACAUCAACCGCAAGGGCAGCACCAACGGGGAGGAUGAGGGAUCCAAGUUCUGCGAAGAGGACAUUGACCAGAUCCUGCAGCGCCGGACACAGACCAUCACGAUCCAGUCUGAGGGCAAGGGCUCCACCUUUGCCAAGGCCAGCUUUGUAGCAUCAGGAAACAGAACUGACAUUUCCUUAGAUGACCCCAACUUCUGGCAGAAGUGGGCAAAGAUAGCAGAGCUGGACACCGAUGCUAAGAACGAGAAGCUGGAGCGAGAGGAUGGGUCUGGUCCCUGCCACCGCAGCAGGCAGCCCCAGACGGCAGCGGGAGGGCGGCCGGACCGCUCCGUGCAGUCCUUGGUCGAGCAGGCAGUGUGGGACGGGGUGUUUGUGCACCCGCUCCGCGUGCCGAAGGCUGCCCGGGAGAGCCUGGUCAUUGACAGGCCCCGGGUGCGCAAGCAGACCAAACACUACAACUCCUUUGAGGAGGACGAGCUGAUGGAGUUCUCCGAGCUGGACAGCGACUCUGAUGAGCGGCCCACACGCUCACGCCGCUUCAACGAGAAGACGCGGCGGUACCUGCGUGCCGAGUGUUUCCGUGUGGAGAAAAACCUGCUCAUCUUCGGCUGGGGACGCUGGAAAGAUAUCCUGACCCACGGGCGGUUCAAGUGGCACCUGAACGAGAAGGACAUGGAAAUGAUUUGCCGGGCCUUGCUGGUCUACUGCGUGAAACACUACAAAGGGGAUGAGAAGAUUAAGAGUUUUAUUUGGGAUCUCAUCACGCCAACGAAGGACGGCCAGAACCAGGCGCUGCAGAAUCACUCAGUCGCCUUGGGGCUGCGCAGUCCGGCCGCCCACUCCACUCCCAGGCACAGGCUCCCGGAGCGGCACCGUCUUCUGCCGCUGUGCCAGGCGGCCCUGCAGAACCGCCACAGGAGGGAGCCCUGCAGAGAGCCCCGGCACCGGCUCCACUGCCUCAGCUGUGCCACGGUGCCCGUGGUGCUCAAGCGCUGCCACUCACCCCUACAGGUCUGUCAGCACCGGUGCCCAGGGGACGGAAGGGCACAGAUGCUGCUCCCUGAGCUCAAGAACGCGGAUUGGCUCGCCACGUGCAACCCCGAGGUGGUGCUGCACGACGACAGCUACAAGAAGCACCUCAAGCAGCACUGCAACAAGGUCCUGCUGCGCGUACGAAUGCUCUACUACCUGAAGGCUGAAGUACUGGGGGAGGCCGCGGACAAGGCCUUCGAGGGCACCCCUGCCAGGGAGCUGGAUGUGCUGCUGCCAGACAUCGACUACGUGGAGAUCCCAGUGGAUUGGUGGAACGCCGAGGCGGAUAAAUCUCUUCUCAUCGGCGUGUUCAAGCACGGUUACGAGCGGUACAACGCGAUGCGCGCAGACCCGGCACUCUGCUUCCUUGAGAAGGUGGGCAUGCCGGACGAGAAGCUGCUCUCCGCGGAGCAGGGCACCAGCGACGGCACCCAGGACACCACUGAGAGGGGGAGCAUGGAGAAGGAAGAGAGCGGUGAGAAACCGGACAGGCUGCCGAAGCAGGAGGAUGGCUCCGACUCAGACAGAUCCUGCUGGCCUGUCUCAUCUGCCCUCACAGCCCGGCUGCGGCGCCUCGUCACUGUCUACCAGCGCUGCAACCGCAAGGAGCUGCCACCCCGCGCCGACAUGCUGGGGCCCGGCAGCCAUGGGUACUGGCUGCAGGACGAGAUGUUCAGGAGAGCCUCGGAGAUGGACUCAGCGAGCAAGGAGAUGCAGAGGAGGUGGACCAGGAGGGAACAGGCAGACUUCUACCGCACCGUCUCCUCCUUUGGGGUCGUCUAUGACCAGGAGAAGAAGAUCUUUGACUGGGCCCAGUUCAGAGCCAUCUCUCGGCUGGAGAAGAAGACGGAUGAGAGCCUGGAAAAGUAUUACUACAGCUUCGUGGCCAUGUGCAAGAAUGUCUGUGGCCUCCCACCGUGGAAAGACGAUGACCCGGACAUCUACGUGGAGCCCAUCACGGAGGAGCGCGCGGCCAGGACGCUCUACCGCAUUGAGCUGCUGCGCAAGGUGCGCGAGCAGGUGCUCAAGUGUCCCCAGCUGCACGAGCGCCUCAAGCUGUGCCGGCCAAGCCUCUACCUGCCUGUGUGGUGGGAGUGCGGCAAGCAUGAUCGGGACCUGCUCAUCGGCACCGCUAAGCACGGCCUGAACCGCACGGACUACUACAUCAUGAACGACCCUCAGCUCUCCUUUCUGGAUGCAUACAGGAACUACGCGCAGCACAAAAGAGCAGGGAUCCCAGGCCCGGAAGCCCUGUGCUGCCUUUACCAGACUAACUCCAAACUUUACAGCUCCCCCCUCUAUAGCCAGGUGGACCGGGCUUGCGAAUCCCUGGAGAAUGAAACCGAGAGCCAGAUCAAGCUGGAGCACAUGGACAGCGCCAUGUGCCAGGCUGGGGGCAGCCCCCCGGACACAGGCUGUGACAUGUUCCUGUCCAAAGUGCGGGACAUCAUGAGCAGUAGCUACGAUGAGAGCUCCCUGCCAGACUCGCUGGUGUGCAUGAUGUAUGAGGACAAGGCCUGUAACAGCGAGCAGAGCUCCCUGGCCCGAGACAGCCCCGGUGGCACGGACGCUGCGGGUGACGGAGCUAAACUUGCUGAGGGCAAGCUGGAGGGGGACGAGGAUCCCUCCGGCAGCGAGGCGGAGGCCAUGCGGGACGCCUCCUUCCUAGAAGGUUUGCAGGUGGGCUGCGAGGGAAUAGCUGCUCCAAAUGAAGAAGCGGAGCCGUCGCCUUCUCCUGCAGAAGAUGACCCCGCCAGGGAUAUCCCCACAGAGCUCUGCGACACCCUGCAGCAGAAGGGAGAGCUGCCCAGCUGUGGGGCAGCGCUGCCGGAACGUGGCGCCGUGGAAGGGGUCAUCAGCGUGGGGCUCUACGGUCCCAGUCUUCAUAACUACGAAAUAAAGGUUCCCCCUGAACAGAGGUUCAUUAAUUUGCUGCAGGAGAAAGGCGUGAAAACAAAAUCGGGUCCAAGCCAGAGCCAUAGCGAGGAGGAUGAGGAGGAGGAAGAUGACGAUGAUAACUCUGAGACAGCAGCAGAGGUGGUGGAGGACUUGACUGGUCCAAGCGCCAGGGGCAGUCGUGACCCCGAGGCCAGUGAACUUAGGGGUGAGGAGCAGAACUCCAGCCUCCCCACGCCUGAGGACACCUGCCCAGCAGAUGGGCACAGCGACAGAGCGUCCCUGGGACUGGGGCCACUCGAGGGACUGGGGCAGCCGGCUCCAGGAGAAGGGCAGGACCAGGGCCUGGAGGAGGAGGGCACCCUGCAGCCCUCCCUGGGGCAGCCUCCAAGCCACCUGCUCCAGCCUCCUGCAGAGCCGCUGGAGGCAGCGCCCGGCCCAGCCGGUGGGGACGCCUGGGCCCGUGGGGCCGAGGCGCACGCAGGCUGCAGAGAUGCCGAGCGCCUGCGCCUGCAGCAGGACAUGGGGGAGAGCAGAGAGGAGGAGGAGAAAGGCAACGGCGGCCAGAGCCAAGACAAGUACCUGGAGGAGGAGAGCAAGAGUUCUGCCUCUGUCCUGCAUGGGGACAUCGACGACCUUCAGGAUGCCCGUGCACCCACCAUAGCGCAGCUUCUGCAAGAGAAGACGCUCUACUCCUUCUCCGAGUGGCCCAAGGACCGUGUGAUCAUCAACCGCAUCGACAAUGUCUGCCAUGCCAUCCUGAAGGGCAAGUGGCCCUCCUCUAGCCAGCAGUUUGAGACACCGAGCGUGAUGGGCGCCCCGGCUGCUGCCAGCAGCGCCAGCGGCAGGGGCAGCUUUGCGGAGGCCGAAGGCCCGGAUGCCACCUUCAGCAACGGGGUGUUAAUCUCACAGGAAGGGUUCCUGGCCCCUGCCUUUGUGAAGGAUGAACGGAAGCACCGAAGGCCGUAUGAAUUCGAGCUGGAGAGAGACGCCAAACAGAGGAGCCUGGAGCAUUUAGCAGCAACCCACGUUCAUCCACCCAUCGUGCUGAAUGGCUGGCGUGACUCAGCCAUGGACCUGUCCAGAGCCUCUGAUGGCUCACCAGGAAAUUCCUCUCCUUUCCCCUUGAACACAACCAUGCCCAAGCUGGGGACUGUGAACGCCCUCCAGGGCUCGCUGGGCAUGGACUUGUCUGGCAUUCUCCAGGCAGGGCUGAUCCAUCCUGUCACUGGGCAGAUCGUCAAUGGCAGCCUCCGCAGAGACGAUGCUGCCAUGAGGAGGAGACGGGGCAGAAGAAAAAAUGUGGAAGGGAUGGAUCUCAUCUUCUUGAAGGAGAGGCCUCUUCCCAGUAGGCUGCAGGAUGCCCAGGAGGAGCAGGCGCAGCCUCCGCAGAGCAGCCCGCUGCCGGAUGUGCCGGGGGCUGCCUCCUCCGCGCCGCCCGCAGCCCCGGCCGCGCUCGGCCACGCCGAGAAACCCGGCCCGAAUAAGAGUCUCCUGGAGUGGCUCCGCCAGCAGUCUGACUACACCCUCGAGGUUCCUGCCUUUGGCGCAAAUUUUUCAGACAAGCCCAAGCAGAGGAGGCAGCGCUGCAAGGACCCCGCCAAGCUGGACGUGGGCUCGCUCAGUGGAGAGGAGCGGGUGCCUGUGGUGCACAAGGGCACCGGGCGGCGGCUGGGGGGAGCCAUGGCACCAGCGCUGAAGGAGCUGCCAGGGUGGCUCGAUGCAAACCUGGAGUACGCGGUUGCAGCUGACUGGGCUGACACUGUUAAGCUUUCAGGAUACCUGCCAGAAAGUAAAUUCAAUCGUAUCCUAACAGAGCCUGUGCUCCGAGAUGCUGGGCCCCGCCGGAGGGGGAGAAGGCCCAGAAACGACCUCAUUAAAGGCCCCGGCAUCGUCACAGAUUCUUCUUCUGGAAUGGGACCCCUGUUCAUGAAUGGACUGAUUGCUGGCAUGGACCUGGUGGGACUCCAGAACAUGCGGAACAUGCAAGGGAUCCCCCUGACGGGGCUGGUGGGCUUUCCCGCCGGCUUCGCGGCGGUGCCCGCUGGUGAGGACGUGAAGAGCACCCUGAGCAUGCUGCCCAUGAUGCUGCCCGGCAUGGCCACCGUGCCACAGAUGUUCGGCGUGGGGGGCCUGCUCAGCCCGCCCAUGACAACCGCGUGCACCGCAACUGCGGCGGCGGCACUGACAAGCACAACGAAGAGCCCCACGGCCAACCCCGAGAAGGCUACCGAGGACAAAGCGGGCAGCCAGGAGGCGAAAACAGAAACUCUCUCGGAAGAGAAGCCUGGCCCUAGUUCCUUUUCUAAUCAGACAGAAUCCGCAAUAACUACCAGUAGUCCUGUAGCUUUUAACCCGUUCCUUAUCCCAGGGAUGUCCCCUGGACUGAUCUACCCGUCGAUGUUCCUCUCCCCCAGCAUUGGCAUGGCGCUCCCGGGCAUGCAGCAGACCAGGCACUCGGAGGCAGCCAACGUGGAGAGCCAGAAGCGGAAGAGAAAGAAAGCGAAAGGGGACACAGCAAAUCCUGAGCCAGAAACUGUGGUGCUGUCUGACAAGGAGGCUGCAAACGGUCAAAACUGUACAGAGCCGACACCACCCUCGUCAGCAGAGAAGGAGCAGGAGGUACCAGCAGAGGCGGAGCUGAAAGAAACAGAUGACACCAAUUAGAACUCUGGUUUCAUUUAAAAGAUUGUGGCUUGUAAGGUUCUUAUCCCAUAACUAUUUGUUACUUACCCUCCCGCCCCCACUUCACCUUCAUAAACCUGUGUUUCCAUGAGUAAUGCUAUCUACCUAAUUCCCUGUACGAAAACUAUGGUGACAUACUACAUGUUAAUAGUUGCAGGGUCUUGCCACUUUAUUAGAUAAACAGUGUUGUCUAGCUAGUGUGGGAGGCACAGAAUUUGCAUUUUGUUUUCCGGUUGUUCAUCCCAGCCAACAAUAGCAAAUCCAGGACCUGGUCACCCCCAAAAUCACUCAUGUGCGGGAGAAGGAAAAGAAGCAAAAAACAGAGCAGAAGAAAUGUCUUUGACACUUGGUCUAAGUGCAGACAAGGGUAUUUCUUCCUACAGCGACACUGAAUGGAAAAGCCUGUAUUUGGGGGUAAAAAGCACAGCUAUAGUAAGUGCUAAUGUGUAUUUUUGAUUUAAAGUAUUUCCCUAUUUUAUCAUGGUUACUAGAAUAGUAGUAUAGACAGAAGUAUAUAAUUAAUGAUUGAAAAUGCAUAUAUUCAUUUCUUUGAAACAAAAAGGCAUAACUGGUAGUGAUACAAUUUCUUUACCACCCCCACCUCAAACUUUUGGAGACAAACUACGGUGAGUGAAAAUAUUAUGUAGACACUAUUUUGUAUUUUUUAAAACCAAAGUUUGGUUUUCUGUUAAGUGGAGUUUUAGUUGCCCUUUCCUUGGUAGUUACGAGAGCUUUUCAGCGCAGGCUGAAAGUGUUUUUUGCACAUCUUGCAUGACUUUUAUUGGGAUUGCUGUACCUAUAGCUACCAGCUCUUCCUCC